AUGAGCAAACUAAAGUUAGCACAGAGGUAUGCUAUCACGUGUCCCGGACAGGGUAUUUUGCGACCUGGUUUAAUCAACCCCAAUAAACAAUAUUUGAACCUUUAUAGCAACUUGUUGGAAGAAGUCGACUCGGUAUUGGGAUUCAAUUUUUCCAAAUAUCUAUUCAGCGAUAAUGAAGCAAACAACUCCAUUUCAUUACUUGAUACUCGAAAUGCUCAACCAGCAAUUUUAGCCACUACUUACAUUACCUUGAAAACAUACGAAAAAGUGAACAAUGUCCCCUUGCUUGCUGGUGCCAAAUACUUGUUGGGUCAUUCGCUAGGUGAAUAUACUGCUUUAACCCUAAGUGGAGUAAUUGACUUUCCAACUGCUAUUCAAUUAGUGCGAUUAAGAGGCGAGUUGAUGGAAGAUAUUGUUUUUAGGGAAAACGGCUGCAACGGCUGCAACAAAAACAACAAAAACAAGUAUGGCAUGGUUGCGUUAUUAGUACGACCGAGUUUUGUUGAUGACGUGAUUGCAUUGGCUACGAAAUAUCAAGUUUUGGCUAAUAUCAACUCCAAAACUCAAAUUGUAAUUUCUGGAGUAUUGACAAGGUUAGACGAGUUUGUAGAAAAGUUGAAAAGAGAACAUAGCAGGCUGGUGCUCAAAACUGUUAAACUACCAGUCUCCAUUCCUUUUCAUAAUGAAAUACUAAAACAAAUAGUUCCAGAACUAGCGAGUUUUCUAGAUGGUAAAUUGCAUAAGCAAAAUAUACCGAUUGUUACUAAUUUAGAUGGUGAAAUCUCAAGCGAUGCCAAGACCACCGUGCAAAAGACGCUAAAGGCAAAUUAUUUGCCAGUGCAGUGGAUCAAGUCUAUGAAUUUUUUACUCGAUGCAGAAUUGGAUGUUGUAUACAAUUUGGGACCAGGCGAUAUUACUCAUAAUAUCAACAAAAAGUACAACAUCAAGAAUAUCUUGAUUGACAAAGUUGAAAAAGUCUCAGAAAAGCCCUAG